GUAUGUACGUCAUCGAUGGGCGACGUGCCUACGGUUUCCGGGAAGCACUGCGCCGCUGCUUGGGGGUCGCCGGUGAUUUCGAGGCGGCUGGUGCGGCUUGGGGUCGUCAUGGAGAGCGGGUCGCGACCGUCGCUCGGCCAAGUCAUCCUGCUGGGCACCAGUUCGAUGGUCACCGCCGUACUGUACUCCAUAUACCGGCAGAAGGCCCAGGUCGCACAGGAACUCAAGGGAGCUAAGAAGAUUCAUUUGGGUGAAGAUCUAAAGGGCAUUCUUUCAGAAGCGCCAGGAAAGUGUGUGCCUUAUGCUGUCAUCGAAGGAGCCGUGCGGUCUGUUAAAGAAACGCUCAACAGCCAGUUUGUGGAAAACUGCAAGGGUGUGAUCCAGCGGCUUUCGCUUCAGGAGCACAAGAUGGUGUGGAACCGAACCACCCACCUCUGGAAUGACUAUUCCAAGAUCAUUCACCAGAGGACUAACACCGUGCCCUUUGACCUUGUGCCCCACGAGGACGAUGGCGCUGUGUCCGUGCGAGUGCUGAAGCCCUUGGAUUCUGUGGACCUGGGUCUAGAGACUGUGUAUGAGAAGUUCCACCCCUCUGUACAGUCCUUCACUGAUGCCAUUGGCCACUACAUCAGUGGCGAGCGGCCCAAAGGCAUCCAGGAGACGGAGGAGAUGCUGAAGGUCGGAGCCACCCUCACUGGCAUCGGCGAACUGGUCCUGGACAACAACUCUGUCCGCCUGCAGCCCCCCAAGCAAGGCAUGCAGUACUACCUGAGCAGCCAGGACUUCGACAGCCUGCUGCACAGGCAGGAGUCCAGUGCCCGCCUCUGGAAGGUUCUGGUCCUGGUGUUCGGCUUUGCCACCUGCGCCACCCUCUUCUUCAUCCUGCGGAAGCAGUACCUCCAGAGACAGGAGCGCCUGCGCCAGCAGCAGCUCCAGGAAGAGUUCCUUGAACACGAGGCCCACCUGCUGAGCCAAGCCUCACCGGAGGACAGGGAGAGUCUGAAGAGCGCCUGCGUUGUUUGUCUGAGCAGCUUCAAGUCCUGCGUCUUCCUCGAGUGUGGGCACGUGUGUUCCUGCCGCCAGUGUUACCUUGCCUUGCCAGAGCCCAAGAGGUGCCCGAUCUGUCGGCGGGAGAUCACCAGGGUGAUACCCCUGUAUAACAGCUAGGGCUCUUGUGCCCACACUGCAAGUGACCCUCCCCUUGUCAAGGUCUGUCUGAGGCCUUUGGUGGGGUGGCUGUACCCUCACAUGAUGGAGGGGCACCGGCGAGCCUCACAGCUCCCACAGCUGGGUGUGGCUUUUCACCCUGGGCUGUGGUGAGGGCCUCUUGGGACUAGAUCUGUGUGUAUGACUGAAUAAGACCAGCUCACUGUCCAGGCUCCAGGGCCAGUCCUCUCGACUCUUGCUCCCUGGGGGUUGGGAGUGGGGAUGGGAAGGGUGAGUCAGUUGGCCUGGGAGGAGGGCCGAGCUCCGAGGGCCUUACAAUAUGGCCUCUUAGGAAACUGUCCAGACCCCUUCUCUAGCUUCUGCUCAGGGGAGGGAACUAUUUAAGGUUUGGCAGGGGGGCAGGCCGCAGUGUCUCUCUGACUUGCUUAUUGAGUAAUGUUUGCACAUGCGUGAAGACAACAGGAAGUGACGUCAGCUAUCUGCUUGGCCCAUCUGGGUUGGGCACAGGACAGCAGGAAGACAGGAGGCUUUUCUAGGUGUUUCUAGGUUGGCAGGCAGCCUGGGUGUUUUCCUUUGACAUGGGGAAGGCACUAGAGCUGCAGGCUGCUCUGGUUUCUCACAGAGAGACCGCAUUCAAAGAGAGCAAAGGUGGCUGCUGUCCUGGCCUCUGGCCUUUGUAGCUUUUUUGCUUGCUUUUGCCAAAGAAAGGUAGCUGGCAGGCACCCACACUGAGCCUGUGAAGACCACCUCACUGUCCCCAGCAGCCCCCCUUCCUCACCCAGACCCCAGCUGGUGAGUGCAAGAGAAAUUAGAGACUGUCAGGUCAUCCAGAAGGCUCUUCUCUUCCUUGACCGUUCUCCCCCCCCCAUACCCCUGCUGCCUGUGUGAGGGGAAGGAGCACAGGUCAGACUGUCACGUGUGUGCCUGGUGCUUAGUUCACUGACAUUAAGAGCUAAGGCCUUCCUGGGUUGGAGUUAAUGCUCCACCACCACAGGAUGAAGGUUGGUCUUGGAGACCUCUGUUUUCUUUUUGAGCUCCCCACAAUGGGGUCCAGUUUAUGAUUGUUGAUGCCCCCAUGCUUGUCAGGCCCAUAGUGGGACGGUAGGGAGCCUGACGACUUCCCUAGACAGCUGGCCUGAGGUACUACCUGGCCUUGCUGACAUAGUUGUCUGAAAAAAUGUAUCUUGUUUGGAACACUGGAGAAGCUGAGGUGGUGUGGGGCCCGGUGAAGGGAUAUUAGUAUUCAGUGCUGUGUGCCUGGUAUUGUUCCAGCCGCUAUCAUAAGCUGGGCUUGGUGGCAAGCUAGUCUACAUAGUGAGACCCUAUCUCAGAAUCUCUAGCUUGGGCUGGGGUGGUAGCUCAGUGGUGAGGACCAGCCCUCUACCUGGGUGGUCCCAACCGGCUAGCUCUAGUUCCUGGGGGUGCCGUGCCUUCUUCUGAGGGCACUAGAUAGACUGCACGCUCUGCAGACAUACAUGCAGGUAAAACACACAUGCACACAACCUGGAAAACCUAAAAGAAACCUUUGCAUUUGCAAGGGGCAUCACUCAGCACAGCCCACAGGCUGUGCCAGUGAGUGCGUGAGCCAGAAGAGCUGAGAUUCAUGAGGGUUGAAAGUUACAGCCACCCAAUGCCAAACUCCAGGGAAAAGAGCCUCAAGAGCAGACUGCAAACCGCCAGGAAACUGCACGCAGUCCAGUGCCAACAAAGUCUGUAGAGGAAGAUGACCAUACUAGAGGGACAGAGUCUGAGUCCAGUAGGGUCCUGCCUAGUGAGGUGUGCAGACCUUGGCUGGACAGGGUAAGGGUAAGCCCUUCCCCCUUCCCUGGCCUACCUGUAAGGCAGCUGCAGGGACAGUGGGGCUUAGAUGGUGAUUUUGGAGCCCACCUAUGCCAGAAUCAAGAACAAAAGGGAUUAGGAGAAAGGACUUGUCUGUCCCACCCAGUGGACCCCUGCAGGUGCCUCCCACCAAGGACGACAGGAGCUGAAGAGCCUCCCCCCCCCCAGCCAUUGGGAGUGGGUGUGUCCCUUGCCACAGUAUAGGUCCCUGCUUGAGCCUAGCACAGCUGACCUGCCGCUGGCUUUUGCUAUCCCAGCUGUCACCCUUCCUUCUUUCUGCUCCUUCCUUCUGCUUUACAAGUCUCACUUCCAGGAGGUAUCUGAGGCCUCGUGGGGGCCCCAACAACCUAAACCAGUAUGUGGGACUAAGACUAGGUUGAAGGGUGCUUAAGAAAGUGGAGCCAGGAAGGGAGCUGCCCGUGGGACUGGGUGUCCUGAGUGCCUGUCAUUCUCAGGCCCUUUAAUCUCCAGCAGACAGGUGGGAGCCAUUUUGCAUAACUGCUGCUGGCUUGGAAUACCUGUGCAGGCCCUGUACAUGCUAAGGCUUCAGCCCCCCACAUUUGGUAUUGGUACCCCUAGUUCAUUUCCAGUACUUGAACUCAGCCUCAUUAUAAAGCCUGCAGCCUUUGCUGGGAGCACCUGAGACGCGGGAACCCAGUCAGAGAAGUUGUCUACAGGCAGACCUGCCCUUUGUCCAUGGUCCUGGGUUCUAGGACCUUCUCAGAGAUUGAUUGAUCUACAGGUGCCUCAGCCCUUAUGAACAGGACCUAGAGUCUGCUUAGUUCCUCAUGAAUCUUCCUGUGCACACGAUGUCAUCUCUAGAUUAUCCUGAUACAAGGCAGGUCCCAGGUGCCUGGGUGAGAGGGUGACUGCUGUUUGGGGAAUAGGAAAAUAAAUGUGUACGUGCUCAGUUUGA